AUGGAUAGAAUUAACUGUCUUGAGUGCGGUGUAACAUUUUGUAGUAGAUACAACAUGAUGCGGCAUAAUAGAAACAAACAUCUAAAAGGAGACGAGCACUUUAGAAUUUCAACUCAUACGCCUAAAUUGGCAACGGGAGUGCCUCAAGGAGGGUCACAGGGAGCGCCGGGGGCGCAUUUGGGAGCGCCGAGAGCUCCCUUACAGGGAGCUCCGCAAGGAGCUCCACAAGACGUGUCACAGAGAGCACCGGGAGGAGCUCCGCACGGAGCGCUUCAGGGAGGACCGCAGGAAAUUAAACCAACUAUUCUACAGCAUCCUUUUACCAUGAUGAUUUCUGGUCCCACAGCAUGUGGAAAGACAACAUUUGUAAAGGAAUUGCUGCAAAAUCAUAUCUACAGAAUUAAGCCUGGUGUACAAAGAAUAGUGUGGUUGUACAAGAGGUGGCAACCAAUGUAUGGGGAAAUACAAAGCACAGUUUACCCCGAGGUGAAAUUCUACCAAGGCAUUCCAUCCGACAUAAACGAAGACGAAUAUUUUGACACAAAGUUAAAUAACUUGCUAAUUCUGGACGAUAUGAUGUCAGAGGCUGGAAAGGACAAAAGAAUCACAGAUUUAUUCACGGAGGGAUCGCAUCACCGAUCCUUGUCGGUGAUUUCCAUCAAUCAAAACCUAUACGCCAGCAAGGAUCCGACACAGAGAAGAAACUGUCAUUAUCUUGUAAUGUUCAAUAAUCCAGUCGACAACAAUCUAUGA